GGGUGACUAGCGCAACGUUAAAAAAAUGUCGAUAGUAUCGAUAGUUGGGAGACUACCGAUAAUAAUGAUAGUGCCGUCGAUAGCUUGAUAGUUUUCCAGCUCUAGUUAAAAUAUGUCAGCUGAUAUUAUGAUUUUCUUUGUUGUUUUGCAAUUUUAGUCAUCCAAUGCAUUUUUCGCAGUAUUUUUGUUUUGCAGUUUUUUUAGAUUAAUUUCAAGAAGUAUUUAAAUGGCUUCUGGACGCCAACGUUUUAAUUUAGUUUCCAAAUUGAAUAAUAUUAAUGUGGAAGACUUGCAAUACGUAGAACGAGAUUUGUGCUUCUAUGAGCUGGUUUCUUUGGGUUUCCUUCUAUUCGGCGAUGACCGCGUAGCUGCCGAGUUUGCUCUGCAAAAGCUACUCAUCCUAUCCAAUACCCAUAAGGGCGGCGGCUGCGGCGGCGCCGAUUUGCUCACCAAAUACAUAAGCCUAAAUCCGCGCAAUUGGCGUGCUCAGCUGGUAGAGGCCUUGGCUAUAGUGGGUGCCCGUCGUGUGUUGCGCAAGUUGGGAUUCGAUUGGAAUGAAUUACAUCAACACUACCUGCCACAUAUUGGCGAGCUAAGUCUGCAUGUACACCCACUAUUAAAGGCGUUAUACCGCGUAUGUGAGCGUUUGAAACCGGCACAAGCUGGGCAGCUAGUGCUGCGGGUCAAUGAACAACGCAAACGUCCGGAAGAGCUUCUGCGUUUCUAUGAUUUCGCAUACCUGGAAAUAUUUAUGCUCGACUGGAUCUCACGGCGCAUUAUAAUUUUGGGUGAUAGUGCAGCAAAUGGAGCGGAUGUCGAUGUGCUUCUCGAAUUUUUAAAAUUUAAUGAUAUGGAUGCUUUGAAAACACUGCUUAUCGAAACCAUCGUAAAUAAUGCUGAAAAACAGCGCGUUAGCAGUGGCGCUCAUAUAAGUGCAGAUAAUUCCACUGCAGUUGCGCCGUUGGAAAAUAAUAAUAUGCUUAUUUCCGCUACUUCUACACCAAUUCCACAAACAGGAGACAAUGCCUGCGCCUCGGUUCGCAGCUGUGACCUAACGAUGGGUGAAAAAUAUGAAGUACGUCGAGAAAGAGCUGGAAUUCUAUUGAUAAUCAAUCAGCUAAGCUUCCAUGAAGAUCCCGAUCCUGCAUUAAAGCACUUGUUGCCGAAAAAGCCACUCAAAGCGCGCUAUGGUUCGAAUGUAGACAAGGAGCGACUGAGGAAUGUUUUUACGGAUUUCGGCUACAGAGCGCAGGAGUUCGAAAAUCUCACACAUCUCGAAUUGAUGCAUCGCAUACGUGAGACUGUAAAGUUAUCUUUUCAGUUCGAUUCGCUGAUUGUGUGCAUACUAUCGCAUGGCAUCGAUGGUUCCGUUUAUGGCAGCAAUAGCAUUCCUGUAGAGAUAGCGGAAAUUGAACAUAUAAUUACAGGCGAUACGCUGUAUGCCAAGCCAAAAUUGCUAAUCAUACAAGCGUGUCAGAAAGAUGAAUCACCAAUAAGCGAAAAGCGCAAGAUUAAUGUGACGCCUCAUCGUUUCGGUGAUAUUGUCAAGGCCAUGUCGACUGUGCCCGGCUAUUCUGCAAUGCGUCACACGGUGGAGGGCACAUGGUUUAUACAAGAAUUAUGUGAAGCUGUUGAGCGUUUUGGCGAUAGGCGCCACAUUGUUGACAUUCUCAUCCGCGUCAAUCGCAAAGUGAGCGAGCGGCGCGGUAAUGAAAAUGAGAUAAUGAUGCCCAUAUCCAGCAACACACUACGCAAGUAUUUCUUUUUACCGCCGCGCAGCAACGCCUAACGUCUUUUGUAAGUGCGAAGCAAAGUCGUGACAAUUUUUUUUUAAUAAUAUUUAAUUGUAAAGUAGAAAAUAUUUGCUAAUGUAGUUAGUUGUUUUAUAUCGCUGAUCGGUAGAAUUGUUUGUAGAAAAACUAGAUGCUUUAUAUAAAAGGAUUGAGAACGAAAAAAGAUUUUAAAAAUUGCACAACGCUGAAAAAGUAUUUUUUUGCAAAACAAUAUAGUCGAAAAGUCUGCAAAAUUUUAAUUUUUGAAGAAAACUAAUCUUUGAUAACUCCCCUCUUUAUAUAUAUUUUCGUGUUAAUAAAUUAAUGCAAAAAAUCACUUUUUAUUGGCAAGCGUCUAAAAAGACCAUAUUUCAGAAAAUAUUAAAAAUUUUGUAACCUUCUUUUUUUGUACUACAAUUUUAAGGUUUUUACGUUCAGAACUCGAUUUGUUUAAAAGGGGAUACAUUUUCGAAAGUAGUUUUUUUUUCAGUGGAAGCAGCUUUUUCUUUUCGGUAUAUGCUUAUGAAGCACUAAAAUUACGGAAAUCCGAUAGAAAAAUAUUUUUCAAAUAUCUUUUGGUAUCGAUAAUUCAGUGUAGUCUGCAAAAAGUUUUUCCCUGCUUUAGAAUUUCUCAAAACUCAGUUUUUGUAAAGAAAACUUAAUUUAGAAAAUCUUCGAUUUUAGAAAAUCCACGUUAUUUUGCCUUUGAUGUUUUAAAUGUUUCCUACUCAUCAAUUAUUUAAAUAAGUUAAUGGCAAAACCAGCUUUCUAAAUAUGAACCAACUCGGACCCGGAUACGGGUUUUCCAAAUAUCUCGACUCUAACGCCACCCAUCGGCAAUUUUUUUGUGUAGUUAUUCCUUUUAACAGAUGUCAAUUUCGAAAACUUGUUUUUUAAUUAAUAAUUUUGUGUUGUUUAAAUGUGAUUUGUUGAAGCAGUUUCGCACCUCCCUAGUUGUUUAAAAGUAAGUUUCUUAAAAACCUACAUUUAAGAAAAACAAUCGAAAAUCUUUUAAUUUCAAAACCCGUUUUUUGACAUUUUGUAAUAUAUUUUAACGUUAUCUGUUGCAUAUUUGUGCCGAAGAAAAUUCAUUCGAAAAUACACUGGUUUGUUUUUAGCAUAAUAUAGUUUUUUAUUUACUGGCGCGUUUUAUUAUAUUUAGGCCAUUUUCUCAAAAAGGUUUUAGAAUUUAACUGCCUUUUAUACACAAAUUUUGUUCUGAAAAAAAUGUGUUUAAAGGUCAGGUAAAUUUUAAAACCUACUUCAGAAGCCGGCACUAAGUUUUAUAAUUUUCUUAUUUCAUUAUAAAUGAUACGGUAAUUUCUAUUUUACACAUUUGGUAUGCAAUAAAUGCAUACCUUUAUUAUUUUAUUGAUAUAAUUUUGUUGUUGUUGAAGUUUUGGCAUUUUAUUAUAUAUAACUUAGGG